UCAGAAACGCUAAGUCAAUGUUUGUAUAAGUGAUGCAUCCGGUCGGUUUCUGCGGAAAUCUCUAGCGGGCCGCGAUUGUUUCUGGUUGACGUGCACUGGACCAAUGAUUAUGGGUUUCGAGUUGUCGUCAGUGUGAUCGUCGCGGUUGACAUUUUAACGAUGGAUUUACUCGACUUCGAUGCGUUUCUCGCGGCCAUGUUGACGAUGGUUGCGUUCGCGAACGCUGCCUUGCCGCCCGUCAUAAGAAUCGGCGCUAUUUUUACAGAGGAUCAGAAAAAUAGCAGUUCGGAGCUGGCGUUCAAAUAUGCGGUCUAUAAAAUCAACAAGGAGCGGGAACUUUUACCGAACACGACGCUGGUUUAUGACAUUCAGUACGUACCGAGGGACGACAGCUUUAGGACGUCGAAAAAAGCUUGUCGGCAAAUGGAAUAUGGCGUUCAAGCGAUAUUUGGACCGUCAGAUCCGAUUUUAGGCGCUCAUAUUCAAAGUAUUUGCGAAGCAUUGGACGUGCCACAUUUGGAGGCCAGAAUUGAUUUCGAACCGUUAUCCAAAGAGCUUAGCAUAAACCUACAUCCCAGCCAAGAAAAUAUGAACAAGGCGUUCAAAGAUCUUAUGAACUUUCUGAAUUGGACCAAAGUUGCCAUUAUAUACGAGGAAGACUAUGGUUUGUUUAAGCUCCAAGAGUUGGUAAAAUCUCCGUCCACUCCUAGAACAGAGAUGUAUAUUCGCCAGGCGAGCCCGUCGACUUACAGGCAGGUUCUACGCGAAGUGAGGCAAAAGGAAAUCUUCAAGCUGAUUGUUGACACGAACCCAAGAAGCAUUCAGCAAUUUUUCAGAGCCAUUCUUCAAUUGCAGAUGAACGAUUACAGAUACCACUACAUGUUCACGACUUUUGAUUUGGAGACCUUCGACUUGGAAGACUUCAAAUACAAUUCGGUCAACAUCACCGCUUUCAGACUGGUGGACGUGGAGCAUCCGAAAGUCAAAGAAAUUUUGGAGGUGAUGGAAAGAUUUCAGCCGAUAGGACACGCGAUUCUGAACCGAAGCGGUAUUAUCCAAGCCGAACCUGCUUUAAUGUUCGACUCGGUGUACGUUUUUGCCAAGGGACUAGCCGCCAUGGACUCGGGCCAUUCCAUCAAGCCCACCAAUUUAUCUUGCGACACGGAAAAACCCUGGGACGACGGACUGUCCCUUUAUAACUAUUUGGACGCAACCGGGUUUCACGGGAUUACAGGCAACGUGGAGUUUUACGAAGGGAAGCGGUCCAAUUUCAAAGUGGACAUCUUGAAACUCAAAAAAGAAGAGGUGCGAAAAGUGGGCCAGUGGAGUCCAAACGAAGGCAUCAAUAUCACGGAUCCGAACGCCUUCUACGACCACCAAGUUCCGAAUAUUACCCUAGUAGUGAUGACACGAGAGGAAAAACCUUACGUGAUGGUGAAGGCAGAUAACAGCUUAACCGGCAACGCGCGGUACGAAGGUUUCUGUAUAGAUCUACUUAAAUGGAUAGCUGGGCAGGUUGGUUUCCAGUACAGCAUUCGUUUGGUACCCGACCACAUGUACGGCGUGUACGAUCCGGACACAAAAGAAUGGAAUGGCAUUGUGCGAGAACUUAUGGAAAAGAGGGCGGAUCUGGCGGUGGCCUCGAUGACAAUAAAUUACGCACGGGAGAGCGUAAUAGACUUUACCAAGCCGUUUAUGAACCUCGGCAUAGGAAUUCUAUUCAAGGUGCCUACCAGCCAACCUACAAGACUCUUCAGCUUCAUGAAUCCCUUAGCCUUCGAAAUAUGGAUCUACGUUUUAGCCGCGUACAUGCUGGUCUCUUUUACGCUUUUCGUAAUGGCCAGAUUCUCCCCUUACGAGUGGAACAAUCCCCAUCCGUGUCACCAGGACUCCGAUAUCGUUGAAAAUCAGUUUUCCGUUUCGAAUAGUUUCUGGUUUAUAACCGGCACAUUCCUGAGGCAGGGUUCCGGACUAAACCCGAAGGCCACGUCCACCAGGAUCGUCGGUGGCAUCUGGUGGUUUUUCACUCUAAUCAUCAUCUCAUCCUACACUGCCAACCUGGCGGCCUUUUUAACCGUGGAAAGAAUGAUAACGCCAAUAGAAAGUGCCCAAGAUUUGGCUGAACAAACUGACAUUGCCUAUGGGACGCUGGAAGGGGGAAGCACUAUGACGUUCUUUAGGGACUCUAAAAUAGGAAUCUAUCAGAAAAUGUGGCGGUUUAUGGAGAGCCGCAAUCCCCCUGUAUUCGUGAAAUCUUACGAAGAAGGCAUCCAAAGAGUGUUGCAAGGAAACUACGCGUUUCUAAUGGAGUCGACGAUGUUGGAUUAUGCAGUGCAACGAGAUUGUAACCUCACCCAAAUCGGAGGGCUUUUGGACUCCAAAGGAUACGGUAUCGCCACUCCCAAAGGCAGCCCCUGGCGAGAUAAGAUUUCGCUGUCAAUUUUGGAGCUACAGGAGAAAGGGGUCAUACAAAUUUUGUACGACAAGUGGUGGAAAAAUACCGGUGAUGUCUGCACGCGCGACGAUAAGAGUAAAGAGUCAAAGGCCAAUGCUUUGGGAGUUGAAAAUAUAGGGGGAGUAUUCGUGGUCCUCCUGUGCGGCCUGGCGCUCGCGAUUUUGGUCGCCAUUUUAGAAUUCUGCUGGAACAGCAAAAAGAACGCGCAGACGGACAGGCAAUCGCUGUGUUCCGAGAUGGCAGAAGAACUGCGAUUCGCCAUGAGAUGUCACGGAUCUAGACAACGGCCAGCUCUGAGGAGGUCGUGCACCAGAUGUAGCCCGGCGACGACGUACGUCCCAGCUACUCUCGAUUUGCCGCAUCUGAACGGGGAGGGGGUGAUUCUACCCAUGAUGGAUUUGAAAAAAUCUCCCGUCCCCUACGACGUAGACACUUAGCGUCAGCUGACUUCCGGAGGGUACACCACCUUCACCUGCG